UCGUAAGAUUCUGGUUCCGUUCGCUUCGUUUUACACAGUGAAAUAACAAACUCAUGUUGAAAUAAUGAUCGCGAAUGCUUAAAAACGAGUAGGUCUUGUUUCACACCCUAUCCAAAUGCUCUCUCAAUGAAUUGCAAUGAAUUAUAUUGACAGUUAAUCUGGAGAAUGAUGGAAAUUUCAACACCGCCAGAAGAUCAAGAGCUCCGAAAUGUAAUCGACAAACUGGCCCAGUUCGUCGCUCGAAAUGGACCCGAGUUCGAGAAGAUGACCAUGGACAAGCAGAAGGACAACUCAAAGUUUUCAUUCCUGUUUGGAGGAGAAUAUUUCGGCUACUACAAAUACAAACUGGCCAUCGAACAGGGACAACAUUCUUCUUCUCAUGAUGAUGAAUAUAAAAUGGAAGUGCUGUGUCAAUCGGGUACAGAGGCUGCUGACACUCCUCCAGCGAUUGCCAUGCUGCCACCCCCACCCAUUCCGCCCACCCCCCCUUCAAUGGAGGAACUCAUCCAGCAGAGCCAGUGGAACCUGCAGCAGCAGGAGCAACACCUGCUCAGCCUCAGACAGGAGCAGGUGACGGCUGCGAUCUCGUUGGCGAUGGAGCAGCAGACGCAGAAGCUGUUAGCGGAAACUCAGCUGGACAUGAACGAGUUUGACAGCCUCCUUCAGCCCAUCAUCGACACCUGCACAAAAGACGCCAUAUCGGCUGGAAAGAACUGGAUGUUUAAUAACGCUAAAACUCCUCAGCACUGUGAACUAAUGUCCUCUCACCUCAGAAACCGCAUCACAGCCGAAGGGGCCCACUUUGAGACUCGCCUACAUCUCAUCUAUCUGACCAAUGACGUCCUUCAUCAUUGUCAGAGAAAAAGCCAGAGGGAUCUUUUGGCGGCUUUACAGAAGGUUGUGGUUCCCAUUUACUGCACCAGCUUCCUGGCGGUCGAGGAGGACAAACAGCAGAAAAUCACACGGUUGCUGCAGCUGUGGGAGAAGAACGGCUACUUUGAUGAUGUCACAAUUCAGCAGCUCCAAAGUCCCGCUCUGGGCCUCGGACAGUAUCAGGCGUCGCUCAUCACGGAAUACGCACCGGUGGUGCAGCCCAUCCAGAUGGCAUUCCAGCAGCAGAUCCAGUCCCUGAAGACUCAGCACGAGGAGUUUGUAGCCAAUCUGAAACAGCAACAGACGGCGGUGGUCGCUGCCGCUGCUACCGCAGUCGGGCAGCUGGCACCUGUAGAAGCUGAGAUAAACCCUCAAUCUUCCAUGACUUCUCAACCCGGAGAUUUGAAGCCAUCGAUGGCCGGUCCUCCUCCUGCCGAAUAUGAUAGCGCUCAGACCCACCCAUCGGACUCCGACUCGUCGUCGGACAUGUCAUCCAGUAAACCUGGCUGGUACGACUCGCAACACAACAUGCCACAGUGGAAUCCGCAGCAGCCUCCACUGUUUGACCCCACUCAAGCGCCGCCCCCAUGCCCGCCCUGGAACAGCCACGAGGGCAUGUGGAAUGAGCAGAUGGACUCCAGCUGGAGCGGCCCUCGGGACGCCCCGUGGAGUGGACAGAACGAGCCCCCGCCCUCAUGGAGUGGCCAGUACGAUCAGCCACCGUGGAACAACCAGCAGGAUCAGCCGCCGCCAUGGGGCCAAAGGGAACCUCCGUUUCGCAUGCAGCGUCCGCCUCACUUCCGCGGACCCUUCCCGCCCCACCAGCAGCCUCCGCCCUUCAACCAGCCCCCGCCUCCUCACAACUUUGGCCGCUUUCCGCCUCGCUUCAUGCAGGACGACUUCCCUCCGCGGCAUCACUUUGAACGGCCCCCGUAUCCUCCACACCAUUUCGACUACCCACAGGGAGAUUUCUCAGGAGAUAUUGGUCCACCCCCACAUCACCAUACUAACCAGAGGAUUCCCCCUCCUGGAAUCUCUGAACCUCCUCCAUGGGGCGGUAGCCAGCACCCUGACUUCGGACCCCCUCCUCAUGGUUUUAACGGACAGGCUCCUCACAUGAGACGACAGAACCCGGCUCAUGUCAGCCAGGACGACCCCAGCCUGGUCCCGAACGUCCCCUACUUUGACCUCCCCGCAGGACUCAUUGCACCACUUGUGAAGCUCGAAGAUCAUGAUUAUAAGCCUCUGGACUCCAAAGACAUUCGCCUGCCACCUCCGAUGCCCCCCAGUGACCGCCUGCUGGCCGCAGUGGAGGCGUUUUACAGACCACCUUCUCACGACAGACCCAGAAACAGUGAGGGUUGGGAACAAAACGGACUGUAUGAGUUCUUCCGAGCCAAGAUGAGAGCGAGGCGAAAGAAGGAUCAAGAUAAACGCAACAGCACUCGAGGGAGUCGCUCUCGCAGUCGGUCGCGCAGCCGAGGGCGAUCCACAGGACGAUCCACAUCACGCUCCAGCUCCAGGUCUUCUAAAUCCUCUCGCUCCAGAUCACGAUCCAGAUCCCACUCUCGUUCACGCUCUUACUCCAGAUCUCGCUCCAGGAGCAGGAGCCGCUCCAGAUCCAGGUCCCGUAGUCGCUCUCGCUCCAGAUCUCGCUCUAGAUCGCACUCUCCGGACAAAAGACGCCCCGCUGCAAAAUCUCGCAGUCCUACACCACCCUCCACCUCCGGAUUGGGUUCAGGCCCUACAGCGAUACCCCCUGACCUCAGGCUGGGAGAGGAAAACAAAGGCCAUCAGAUGCUCAUGAAGAUGGGUUGGAGCGGUUCUGGAGGUCUUGGAGCUAAAGAGCAGGGCAUUCAAGACCCCAUCAAGGGCGGAGACAUUCGGGACAAGUGGGACCAGUACAAAGGCGUGGGAGUCCAGCUGGAUGACCCUUACAUCAACUACAGGCGAAAUAAAAGCUACAAUUUUGUCGCAAGGAUGAAAGCACGAGAAAAAGUUACCAGAGACCCACAGGAUGCCCCCAGCACAGAGUGAUGGUCACCAGUCGAACCUGUUUUUACUGUAGAUGUCAAAUCUGUUUGAAUGUUUUAUCUUGUCUAAGUUUUUUUUGUAGUAAUGUAUCAAAACAUCAAUGUAGAUGUCAGUGUUGUCCCAGUUAUUGGGAUUCGUUUGCUUUACGCUCAAUCUGAAAUUCUGUAUAAGACAAAAUAAAGAUGUUUUAAAUGGGA